UUGAGACUCUGAGACUCUGAGACUUUGAGACUUUUUCCACACACACACACACACACACAUACUUUGUGUGGAGAUGUUAGUCUUAGUCUUGAUCUGGUCAUGUCUGUUUAACGGUUAAUUAAUGGUUCAUUUGGAUAGCUGUAUCUAAUAAGAGUUAUUUUUGAGGCACAUUGUUAAGCUAUUGGUAAAUAAAGCUGGUGCAGGAAGAGCUUUCACUUUCGAUUUCUCUGAAGACUGAAGUACGGGUGUGUUUCAGUGUGCUUUUAAAUGGCUGCAGAAGGCUCUGCUGUUUCUCAUUAGACUUUCUUGUCCUGUUUUCUCCUUCAUUACGAGGCUCUUCGGCGUUAUGGAUAAAUCUUGCAAGGCUGUGAGACAGAACCGGGCUAUGGGUAACUCACACAACUUUUUCCAGGACUCUGACGAGGAAUAUGACUCUACAUGGGAUGAUGAACCCGACCAUGAGGAGACUAGAGAGUCCCCUGUGCAAUGGCCCUUAAGUCCAAAGAGGAACACAUAUGCUGCGAAAGACAUGCAAACCUUUAGACACAAGUGUCAGAAAACCGAAAAUAAUGACAGGACAGAUGAUAUGGAGAAUGAUGAAGACUUACCAAAUCUGAAGUUUUACAAAAAUUACAUGCGUUUCCGCCCUGAUGGUGUGUACAUUGAGGAUUUUCACAACUACUGGUUUGGUGACUAUGGCAGGCUGGAAUAUGUGCACUCCUACAUUCAAUGGCUGUUUCCAAUUCAGGAGAAGGGAGAGAACUUUGAUUCACGUGAACUUAGCCUAAAAGAAAUCAAGCUGUUCCGUAGGGAUGAGGAGGUGAAGAAAAAAUUGUUGACGUCUUACAAGAUCAUGUUGGACUUCUACGGCAUAGAACUUGUCAGUGAGGAAACUGGAGAGGUGAAACGUGCAGUAAACUGGAAAGAACGAUUUGCAAACCUAAAUAGAAACACACACAACAUUCUUCGCAUCACCCGCAUUCUAAAGUGCCUGGGUUUACUGGGGUUUCGUCACUAUCAAGCACCGCUGGUUCAUUUCUUCCUUGAGGAGACUCUGGUGGAAGACACACUUCCACGAGUAAAGCACAGCGUUCUGGACUACUUUUUGUUCACAGUUCUGGACAAGUCUGAACGAAAAAAGCUGAUCAGAUUUGCCUUCUGGAAUUUUGAGCCAAAAGAGAAAUUUGUGUGGUGUCCUAGGAGGAUUCGUAAUAAAUUCUUGAAAGAGAAAGGAACAGGGAGCCACAAAGUACAUGCUGGACCCAAUGAAGGAAUGUCAAGUGAUUCAAACUCUCAAAGCACACAAUGAUCUGAUGAACAGCACAGAAGUACAAAAUAAAGCUGAAACCAAAACAGAGAUUCCAAACAAAAUGAUUCAGAAGAAAUCCAGAAGAGUGGCAGUGAAUUACCAGAAGACAGUGCUGCGACUGGAACUGCCACAGACAAUGAGGAAAACCAAUCUGUGGAAAGUAAUGCUGAAGACAGCCUUACUGAUGAGCAUGUUAGUAAUGCUGUCACAUCACACUAUAAUGAAAAUUCAGACUCAACAGAAGUUAAGAAUAGAGAGGACACUGAAUCUGAACAAGGCAUAGCUCUCAGGAGUGAUGUUAACUCAUCUCAGGUUAUUCCUGGUAAGGAUACAGAGACAGGAGAGAGCACUAAAGAAAAGUCUGCUGAGGACAAAAAGACAGAAAUUGGGUGUGUGAGAGAUGGAGGAACUGAAAACGAGGAAAAUAUCCAGACUCGGUUUUAAAAGUUGUUUGACCAGAGAUGUUUAAGGGAUCGUGUUUGAUGGUGGUACCUAUUAAAAUGUGGUUUUUUGUGCUGGUUUUUUUGAAAAUGCAAAAAAAAAAUUUUGUGAAAUUGACAUUUAAUAUGAUUGUUUUUCAUACCAAGGCUAUUUUAAUAUUCAUCUUCAAAGUCAUGGUGGAUCCGGAACCUAUCCCAGGAACAGGUGGUAAUACACCCUGGAUCGGGGCAGCAGUACAUUGUAGCCUAGUUUAAUUGAACGGCGAAGAAACUUCAAUAGAUAUAAUACAUUUUUGGUGCUGGGGAUUUCUGCAAAUCUAUUGCUGGGUUAAACUAUAUAAAUGAUGUGUUAAAUGUAUGAAUUCUGAUGUUGUCAAAGAAUGUGUGUAAUAAACUGGAGAUGAGUAAUGA